AUGCGGGUUUCAUUCAUGCUAUCGAGCUGGCCCUUCUCGUCUCUCUUUUCCACUGUCAUUCUUUUCGUAUCUUUGGCUUCUUUCUCCCACGCCCAGCAGACGUUCUUUCCUGCCAGCGUACCACUUGCUGUGCGAUCCACGUACUUCAACACAUGGAAAUCCACCACCAAUACAUCCGUCUGGUCGCGAACAUGGCCUAGUCUUUCGGUAAACCCGAGCACGGUGUUGGGAUGGGCGGGCAUGGUCCGCAUUGACGGGAUAUCAUAUGUCUGGCUCGGCGAUAUGCAGAACGCGCAACCUACCACUGUCAAAAACGUCAAUAUCACCGCGACACGCUCUAUCUUCACUCUCGAGGCAGGGCCCAUGGAGUUGACAGUCUCGUUCCUGAGUCCCAUUGAGCCUGGGGAUUUCGUACGUCAAUCCAUGCCAUUCUCGUAUGUUUCGUUCGAAGCUCGGGCUUUGGACGAUCAGUCGCAUGCGGUGGAGGUGUACUCGGACAUCAGCGGUGAAUGGAGCUCCGGCGACCGUUCACAUGCCAUCUCCUGGACUACUGACUCAACUGGCGGCAUGGUCCAUCACUCUAUCACUCUCAGCCAGCAACAGACUUUCGUCGACAUCAGUGAGCAGGCAGAAUGGGGGACGAUGCAUUACGCUGCGCUAUCCGAUUCUUCGACCACAUACCGGACUGGGGUCGAUGCGUCGUGCCGUGGUCUUUUCAACGACACCGGGAAACUCGACAACGCUCAAGAUACAAACUUCCGCGCCAUCGACGAUCAGUUCCCCGUCUUCGCUGUCGCCCAAGAUCUGGGUGACAUCACUGCGACAUCUGAACCUGUCGUCUGGGCCAUCGGGUACACUCGCGAUCCUGCCGUGCAGACUUCAAGUAUCACGGGCACUAUCGGUCAACGUAGCUUGUACUUCCAGAGUAACAUCACCGACAUGGCGACCGUGGUCUCCAGCUUCUUGUCAGACUACACCGCCGCGACCCAGCGCGCAUCUGCCCUCGAUGACAAGCUCGCCUCAGCUGCGGCCGAUAUUGGCUCGGGAACGACAUAUGCUGAUCUAGUGGCAUACGUUCCUCGGCAAGUCUAUGGCGCUACGGAGUUGACUGUUGGGCUGGGCUUCGAUGGGAAGCUCAAUGUCAGCGAUGUGAUGAUGUUCAUGAGAGACAACGGCGGACAGCAGGCACAGCGAACCCAGCCAGUAGAAGUCCUCUACGCUGCGUGGCCGAUGUUCAUGGUCAUAGACCCAUCCCUAGGUGGGCCUCUGCUUGAGCCUCUUCUGUCCGCGCAGGAUACGCCCGCAUACUUGCUCCCAUAUGCUAUGACGGACCUAGGGACUACAUAUCCGAACGUCACCGCUAGAAACAACCCUCACGACCAGGGCGUUGAACAGAGCGCGAACAUGCUGAUCAUGACUUUCGCUCACGCUCGGGUCUCUGGUGAUGGAUCUUUACUCGGACGGCACUACUCCCUGCUUUGUAAAUGGGCUGACUACCUGGUCAACAACACACUUGAACUACCAUCCGAGUUCUCGACCGACAACCUCUCGCUGACGAAGCAGAGUAACCUGGCUAUCAAGGGCAUCAUCGCUAUCCAGGCCAUGUCGGGAAUCAGUCAAGUCCUGGGAGUUAAUGACGAUGCGAGUAAAUACUCGGUCGCAGCGAAAGACCUCUUUACGCAAUGGAAGUCUCAGGGAGUGGGGAGCGAUGGCCAUAUGCUCGCGGCUUACAGUCAACAAUCUACGUGGUCGUUGGGUUACAACCUUUUCGCGGACAAGUUCCUGGAGACGAACGUUGUCGACGAGGAUGUCUAUUCCGGUCAAAGCUCGGCGCUCCAGAAACUCAUGUCGACAACUCCAGCUACCACGAGUUUCGGUAUUCCGGUUGACAGUCUCGACAUUGGUACUGUGGUAUCCAGCUGGAAUCUUUUCACUGCAGCUAUAGUACAGGACUCAGUACGCGAUGACAUGAUCACUCGCAUUCAUUCCCGGACAUCAUUCAAUGGCUCAUCCGGAGCGUUCCCCUUGACCUAUGACUCGAGUAAAGGGACCACGGUCUCGGGCAUAGCAAGCCCAGCACAAGGGGCAAUGUACGCUCCGAUAGCGCUGAAUCUGAAGGCGCAAGCUAUCCAGAACGCUUCCGUUCUCGGGGCCACGAGUGCUGCAGGCACCUCUUACGCAGCAGCCAUUGCUGGUGGCGUUGUAGGUGCACUAGUGGGAGUAGCGGUCAUCGCGGGUCUCAGUGUCUUCCUCUACCGUCGAUCCCGCGCACGACGCAUGGGCGCACGGGAAUCGCAUCCCGUUCUCGACCUCACAGCGAGCGAGAAAGGCUUGGAGGCAGGUCAGAUCAGCAGCUUCAACGGUUCGAGCAUGGUUCGCCCCGCGAACGAUGACAAUUCACCACCCUCCCCGACGCCUUUCCGUACGGAUCCCAUGCCUUCCCAGUCGUACGCGUCCUGGACGACAUAUGACCCAGGAGCGGCGCCCACAACAUCCUCUGGCUCAAUCCGCGGGGAGCCCCCUACACGCGAGAUCACUCCAAAUCUCACUCCCGUCGACGGCCCCGUUGCUCCUCUGUCAGAGAAAGAAGUUCUACGCCGGCAUAUGGCGCAGAACAGCAACGACUCACAACGGUCUGGGUUCGGGCCGGCAGCGUCUACUGCAUCUCACGACGCCGGUCAACUCGCGCGCGCCCUAUCCAUAACCUCCGCUUCCACGGAUCAGACGGGAACGGUGACACGGCGCAGCUCAAUAGACAUGUACGCGUUCCGCCUCCGCGAGGAGGUCGACAAUCUUCGGCAGGAGAUGGCCGCUAUUCGCGGCAGACAACCUCUGCCAAUGCCUCCCAGCCCUAAUUCUGAUCUGGAGCCACCGCCGAGUUACUCUUAA